CGGAGACUUGCCAGAGACGCGGGGGGAGGAGGCGGCGGCGCGGGGCUGCUGGAGGCGGAGGCGGAGAGGAGAGGAGAGCUGCGGGGCCGCUGCCACGGCCGCCCAGGAGUUCGUAGAGGUUGGCUGGCUCUGAGGCUGGGAUGGCAAACACGCAUCGCGGAGGAAAAACAACAUUACAGUCACAAGGCACCAAAGAUUUGUAAGAUUCCAAGGCCUUCAAGCCGAGAUCAGCCUGAUGGUUCCUGAAAUAACUGGGAAAACAAAUGCUUCAAGUGCCAGUUGAAGAUUGUGUCUAUGUAUAUUCGAAACCUUCUUUCUAUAUAUACGCAUUUACAUGAGAAGACAGGCUCAUUCUUGUGCACAUUUGGGAGUUUUUCAACUGAUGAAAAUUAAUUUAAGAAUCAGAUGGAGCAACUUGACACUUCUGGGCGCAGGAGCCCAGGGAGAAAAGUAUAUCACUAAUGGCCAAUUUUCCAUAUGGCCUUCAUGGGUAAAGAGAAUUUGCAAAAAGAAGAAAAAAAUUUGCAUAGAUUAAGCCUCAAAAAUACCUCUCCAGUUUAAAGAAGGAAAUAAAUGAGAAGGUGAUCACAGAAGUGUGAAUUCAACAUUGCAGGUGGGAUCAUGCAGUGUUUUUUCACUUUAUUUUUUAUUAGGUUUAAUGAUUUGGACAGAGUUUAAAAUUCUGGACUGAAAAGUAACUUACUGUGGUUGUUACUGAAGGAAAGCAAGUUCAGGUGUGAUGGGACAAGUCUGAACAUUGAACUGAUUCCAUCACUUUGCCUUUUUCAGUUAACUGUAUUUGAGGAUUUUAAUUUAUUAUUUUCCUUUUCUGCACCUGUAGGAUAAUAUCUUAAAAUAGCAAUUGGAACCAAUAAUUACAAAAGUAAACAUCAAGGAAAACCCAAGCAAAGCUUCCUUUUGCCUGGAUGAAAGGCUGUGGAAACAAGCUCUGAAUGGGAACAAGAAGGUGCCCAUUGGCACAGUGACUCUAGGGAAAUGGUGCAAUCCUGGGGACUCUGAUACUAGCUUGGGUGUAUGGUUAGAGGGAUUGUCAGCUGUGUUGAGUCUAAGAACACUUGCAUAUGAGAAGAUUUGGACUUAAUGCUGAGAUUAUUUUUUUCAUUGAAAUGAAAAAGCACAUGAGCUUUAGGAAUAGAAAAGAGGAGAAGUAACUGGAAAGUGAGAAAGAGUCCAGCAAAAGAAACAAGAGUGUUACUCUGUUAGUCAGCAGAAUUAGGAUUACCUUAAGGCAAAUACUUGGUCUGCUUUAAUAGCUUUUUUCUCUGCCUCUGCUGACCUUGCUUUUUAGCCCCUAUGGCACUGAGGGGUCUGCUGGCUGGCAGAGGAAUUGUCCCAGGGAACCCUGCGUUCCUCGGGGACACAGGGCCCAGCAUUAAGAUAGGAAAUUUCUGGUUCUGAACAGUGAGGAAGAGUGUUUUUCUUCCUAAAAUUGGACUGCUGUCUGCACAAACUCUGAUCUGUUUUGCACAGUUUGUGUGCCUUUUUUUCCCUUUAUGCAAUCUUUUUCAGCUUUUGCAGCAGAAAUUUGUCUAGUUCAGAAAACAUGCCAGAGGGUGGCUUUAGAAGAUGAUCCUGUAUGUUCUGUCUCUACAUCUGAACUUUUGAAGAGAAAAUUCCAGCUGAGGGAUUCUUAAAAAGCCUUAAGUUACUUGAAAUCUCUGUAUUUGAAACUCUUUGUCUUUGGAAUCACAUUACACAAAACUGGAAUCUCAGGCUGAAUGAGAAUAACUAAGUUGAGUAAAAAAGAAGAAAUCUGUUUCUUGAUCACCACUUAUUAAUGAUGCUCUUUCUCCAAAGGAUCAGCGUAUUCUUCCUCUAAGGACUUGAAAAUAAAAAUGGACCCCAUGUUUUUUUUAGGCAUUACCUUUUCUUAGCAGACUGCCAUCAUCUUUUAUAGAGGAAUUUUUUCACUAUGCAUUUGGUGGAUCUUUAUAAAAUACUGACCUUCUUCUAAUUAGCUCCAGGUCAGUCUUAAUUAAAAGGGGGCGGGGGGAGCAAGCACGUCAACCAUAAAAAUUAAAUAAACCAAUGAAAGAAAUUGGUUUAAAAUUUUCAGCAUUAAGCAUUAUUUUUCAAGUAAAACAGUUCAUUGAAAAAAGUAUGUAUGCAGCAGUAGAACAUGGACCUGUGCUUUGCAGCGACUCCAACAUCCUCUGCCUGUCCUGGAAGGGUCGUGUUCCCAAGAGUGAGAAAGAGAAGCCCGUGUGUAGGAGGCGUUACUACGAGGAAGGCUGGCUGGCCACAGGCAAUGGGCGAGGUGUAGUGGGGGUGACUUUUACCUCCAGCCACUGUCGCAGGGACAGAAGUACUCCACAGAGGAUAAACUUCAACCUGCGGGGCCACAAUAGUGAGGUUGUGUUGGUGAGGUGGAAUGAGCCAUACCAGAAACUGGCCACAUGUGAUGCAGAUGGAGGAAUAUUUGUGUGGAUUCAGUAUGAAGGCAGGUGGUCUGUGGAACUGGUCAACGAUCGAGGGGCUCAGGUGAGUGAUUUCACAUGGAGCCACGAUGGAACUCAAGCACUUAUUUCAUAUCGCAAUGGGUUUGUCCUGGUUGGUUCUGUCAGUGGACAAAGACACUGGUCAUCUGAAAUCAACUUGGAAAGUCAAAUCACAUGUGGCAUAUGGACUCCUGAUGACCAACAGGUGCUGUUUGGCACGGCUGACGGUCAGGUGAUUGUUAUGGACUGCCACGGCAGGAUGCUGGCCCAUGUCCUCUUGCACCAGUUCGACGGAAUCCUCAGCAUGUCCUGGAACUACCCUAUCUUCCUGGUGGAAGACAGCAGCGAGAGUGACACAGACUCCGAUGACUAUUCCCCUCCCCAAGAUGGUCCUGCAGCAUAUCCCAUCCCAAUACAGAACAUCAAGCCUCUGCUCACCGUCAGCUUCACCUCCGGAGACAUCAGCUUAAUGAACAACUACGAUGACCUGUCUCCCACUGUCAUCCGCUCAGGGCUGAAAGAGGUGGUGGCCCAGUGGUGCACACAGGGAGACUUACUGGCAGUUGCUGGGAUGGAGCGGCAGACCCAGCUCACUGAGCUCCCCAAUGGACCCCUUCUGAAGAGUGCCAUGGUGAAGUUCUACAAUGUUCGAGGGGAGCACAUCUUCACACUGGACACACUUGUGCAACGCCCCAUCAUCUCCAUCUGCUGGGGCCACCGGGACUCACGACUGCUGAUGGCCUCAGGGCCGGCCCUGUACGUAGUUCGUGUGGAGCAUCGGGUGUCCAGCCUGCAGUUGCUGUGCCAGCAGGCCAUCGCCAACACUCUUCGAGAAGACAAGGAUGUCAGCAAGCUGACCUUACCCCCCCGCCUCUGUUCUUACCUCUCUACUGCUUUCAUCCCCACCAUUAAGCCCCCAAUUCCAGACCCCAACAACAUGCGAGACUUUGUCAGCUACCCCUCGGCUGGCAACGAGCGGCUACAUUGCACCAUGAAACGCACAGAGGAUGACCCGGAGGUGGGUGGCCCAUGCUACACACUCUACCUAGAGUACCUGGGUGGGCUUGUACCCAUCCUUAAGGGGAGGCGUGUCAGCAAGCUUCGGCCAGAGUUCGUCAUCAUGGACCCAAGGACAGACAGCAAAUCAGAUGAGAUCUACGGAAACAGCCUGAUUUCCACUGUGAUUGACAGCUGCAACUGCUCCGACUCCAGUGACAUUGAACUGAGUGAUGACUGGGCUGCCAAGAAAUCUCCCAAAAUUUCCAGAGCAAGCAAAUCACCCAAACUCCCAAGGAUAGAAAGACACCCAGUAGGAAGUUUGCUAAAUCCUCGGAACUUCUCUAGGGAUUAUCAACGAUGGAUCAGCAUUGAAGCCCGGAAGUCUCCCAAGCUGCCCCGGGCUGCUCAGGAGAUCUCCCGGUCUCCCCGGUUGCCCAUACGUAAGCCCUCCAUUGGCUCACCCAGCCUGACUCGGAGAGAGUUUCCCUUUGAAGACAUCACUCAGCACAACUAUCUUGCUCAGGUCACAUCCAAUAUCUGGGGAACCAAAUUUAAGAUUGUCGGCUUGGCUGCUUUCCUGCCAGCCAACCUUGGUGCAGUGAUCUAUAAAACCAGCCUGCUGCAUCUCCAGCCACGGCAGAUGACCAUCUAUCUCCCAGAAGUUCGGAAGAUUUCCAUGGACUAUAUUAAUUUACCUGUCUUCAACCCAAAUGUUUUCAGUGAAGAUGAAGAUGAUUUACCAGUGACAGGAGCAUCUGGUGUCCCUGAGAAUAACCCACCUUGUACUGUGAACAUCCCUAUUGCACCAAUCCACAGCUCGGCUCAAGCUAUUUCCCCCACACAGAAUAUUGGGCUGGUGCAGUCCCUACUGGCCAGUCAGAAUGUGCAGCUUGAUGUCCUGACCAAUCAGACGACAGCUGUGGGAGCAGCAGAACAUAUAGGUGAUAAUUCGACCCAGUACCCAAUCCCCAACCGGUACUCCAACCCUGGACAGGUGAUUUUUGGAGGUGUGGAAAUGGCCCGCAUCAUUCAGAACCCUCCUCAGUUGCCCUUGCCACCGCCCCCACCACCGCCGCCGCCACCACCACCACCACCACCACUACCACCACCACUACCACCACCACCACAGGGGGUCAUGCAGCUGACUAUGGUGGACCAUGGAGACCGAGACCAUGAGCACCUGCAGAAGUCAGCCAAGGCCCUGCGGCCAGUGCCUCAGUUAGCUGCUGAGGGGGAUGCAGUAGUCUUCAGUGCCCCCCAGGAGGUCCAGGUGACAAAAAUGAAUCCCCCACCCCCCUAUCCAGGAACUAUCCCUGCUGCCCCAACCACAGCUGCACCCCCACCCCCUCUGCCACCACCUCAGCCCCCAGUGGAUGUGUGCUUGAAGAAGGGGGACUUCUCCCUCUACCCUACAUCAGCACAUUACCAGCACCCCCUAGGCUAUGAGAGGAUCACUACUUUUGACAGCAGUGGCAAUGUGGAGGAGGUGUGUCGGCCUCGUACUCGGAUGCUCUGCUCCCAGAACACCUAUACCCUUCCCGGCCCAGGCAGCUCAGCCACCUUGAGGCUCACAGCUACUGAGAAGAAGGUCCCCCAGCCGUGCACCAGUGCUACCCUGAACCGCCUCACUGUCCCUCGAUAUUCCAUCCCCACAGGGGACCCACCCCCAUAUCCUGAGAUUGCUAACCAGCUGGCCCAAGGGCGGGGCACUGUCCAGAGACUGGAUAGCAGCCUCAUCCAUGCUACCCUUAGGAGAAACAACCGUGAGGUUGCCCUUAAAAUGGCCCAGCUGGCUGACAGCUCCCGGCCCCCACUGCAGCCCCUGGCCAAGCCCAAGGGUGGCCCUGCUGGGGCUGUGGCACAGCUCACAACACGACCCCCACCAGCCCUGUACACCUGCAGCCAAUGUAGUGGUGCAGGGCCCAGCUCACAGUCAGGUGCCAUCCUGGCCCAUGCCGUCAGCACUUCUCCACUGGCUUCCCAGUCCUCCUACAGUCUCCUGAGCCCACCUGACAGCACCCGUGACCGUACUGACUAUGUAAACUCAGCCUUCACAGAAGAUGAGGCCCUGUCCCAGCACUGUCAGCUGGAGAAGCCCCUGAGGCACCCCACACUACCGGAAGCUGCUGUCACCUUGAAGCGGCCUCCCCCUUACCAGUGGGACCCUGUGCUGGGCGAGGACAUUUGGGUUCCCCAGGAAAGGACAGCUCAGCCUGCAGUGCCCAAUCCUUUGAAACUGCCCCCUCUGAUUCUAGGGCAGGGACAGCACCUGGAUGUUGCCCGGGUACCUUUUGUCUCCCCCAAGUCUCCCACUAGCCCUACUGCCACUUUCCAGACAGGCUAUGGGAUGGGAGUGCCAUUUCCAGGAAGCUAUAACAACCCCCCCUUGCCUGGAGUGCAGGCUCCCUGCUCCUCCCCCAAAGAUGCCCUGGCCCCAACACAAUUUGCACAACAGGAGUCUGCCGUCAUCCUUCAGCCAGCGUACCCACCCAGCCUCUCCUAUUGCACCUUGCCCCCCAUGUACCCAGGAAGCAGCACAUGCUCCAGUUUACAGCUGCCACCUGUCGCCUUGCACCCAUGGAGUUCCUAUAGCACCUGCCCGCCCGUGCAGAACCCCCAGGGCACUCUCCCACCCAAGCCCCACUUGGUGGUGGAGAAACCCCUUGUGUCCCCACCACCAGCUGACCUCCAAAGCCACAUGGGCACUGAGGUGAUGGUAGAGACCACAGACAACUUCCAAGAAGUCCUCUCCCUGACAGAAAGCCCAGUCCCCCAGCGGACAGAAAAAUUUGGAAAGAAAAACCGAAAGCGCCUGGACAGCCGAGCAGAGGAAGGAAAUGUUCAGGCCAUUACUGAGGGCAAAGUAAAGAAGGAGGCUAGGACUUUGAGUGACUUUAAUUCUCUCAUCUCCAGUCCCCGCCUAGGAAGAGAGAAAAAGAAAGUGAAGAGUCAGAAAGACCAACUGAAGUCAAAGAAGUUGAACAAAACAAACGAAUUCCAGGACAGCUCAGAGAGUGAGCCUGAGCUAUUCAUUAGUGGGGAUGAGCUGAUGAACCAGAACCAGGGCAGCAAGAAGGGGUGGAAGAGCAAGAGGAGCCUUCGGACAGCCAGCGAGCUAGAGGAAUUCAAGUGCCGCAAAGCCAGUGAGAAGGAGGACGGGCGGCUGGGUAGCCAGGGAUUUGUGUAUGUGAUGGCCAACAAGCAGCCUCUGUGGAACGAGGCCACACAGGUGUACCAGCUGGAUUUUGGAGGGCGGGUGACUCAGGAGUCAACCAAGAACUUCCAGAUCGAGUUGGAAGGGCGGCAGGUAAGGAAGUUGCAACAUUGUGACCACAGGGUGAAGGAUCUCAGUGCUUUGCCCCCAUGGGAGCACUUGUCAAAAGCCAAAGCAAGAAAGGAAAACAGCAGAUAUCUCUUAGGUGCAGCCAGUUGGGUUUAUAAUGUACCCACUGUAGUCUUUUAUGUAUUUUUUCUCAUAUUCCAUGAGAUUUGUAAAGAAAACUCACGGCACCCCUCAUGGCACCUGCUCUCUCAGAGGCAGGAGCUUCCCAGCAUUUGGUUCUUGUUGGAGCCAAAAAAAAUUUUAUCAGAUAUGCAAAGAACAUGUUUAUACUUCUACUUACUGAUGUUUCCAUUUGAGGCAUCGUAUAUUCCUUUUUCCUGAGGAACUGUCUCAUAGGUUGUGCUGUCUGCUUCUAUUAGAGGCCAGCUGGUCUGGUUGCUUCUUUUCCUCCUUUGUUUCUUUUUGUGUCUUUGUUCUCUUCCACCCCCUCCCACCAUAUAAUGCUGUCUAAAAGGAUUGACAGCAGUUAGUAUAUUCUAGACUUCAAUACCCUUACUCAGCUGUGAUGAGUAAGAAAGCUGUCCUUUCUGUCUGAGGAAUGUUAGUUUCCUUUACCCCACCUUCCAUUCCUACACGUACAAACCCAUGAACUUUCCCUAUCCCCUUUUCCCAGUUAAAGCAGUCUUCAUUGGUGAUUUUGUUAUGCCAAUAAGUAGCAUUCACAGCUGAGCUUAGUAUGACAGUUUAAUUAGUAUGGGUGUUUUUCUUAGACACUUUAAUUUCCUAGUUUUUCUUUGUUUUCUUGUUGCUUAUUUCUUGUACUUAUUACUAAGUCAUUCCCUCAGCUCUCUGACAAAAGGUAAGUCUUCUCUGGGUACAGCCUCUGCAUAGUGGGUGAGUUGUCAGUUGUCCCUACUCCAGCCUACAUAGCUGCUUAACCCUGCUGUGUAACUUCCCUCUUUGCUGUGCUGGAAAUUCCAUUCUCCUCCCAAUUUCUAAUUCACAUUUCAGUUAGUUCACUUAUCAACAUUUAUCAAAUAUCUGUUAUGUACCUGACAGUCUUCUAAGCCAGCGAUUGUAGCCUGUGUAGCCCAUGGGUCAAUCUAGCCUGUUGCUUCUGUUGGUAAAUAGUUUUUUUGAAAUGUAGCCCUGCUAACUCAUUUGAUAAGUAUAUUGUGCUCCUUUCAUCUGAUAUUAGCAGAGUUGAGUGGGUAUGGCAAAGACUAUGCAACCUGCAAAGCCUAAAAUUUUUAUCAUAACCCUUUGUAGAAAAUGUGCCAACCCCUGCUCUAAGUGUGAAAUUACAACAGAAAAUAAAACAAGGCUGUCACUGCCAUCAUGGAGUUUCCAAAAGUGGGAGAAAGACCACAAAUGAGUCAGUAUAUAUCCUACAACAUAAUGUUGUAACCUCAUGUCCUAUGGCUACAGAAAGUAGCAUGGUCACAUGUGCAGUGGGGUGCAGAGGAGGAGCUUGAUGGGAAGGAGGUUGUGAUAUCCUGGAAAAGGGGUGGGGAGACCCUUUCUGAGGCAGAGACAUUCUACAGUUUCACUUGAUACUUACUUCUGUGAAUCCCUUUAGCUUGUAGAUUCUCCUUUUUCUUCUCUCUCUGUCCUUUGUGAAGAACCUACUUCAUUGACCUACAGAGUUCCCUGUAUUCUGUAUUACGCUUAUAGCCUCCCCUUUCAUUAUGUCACAAAUUCCUGUUGUUUCCUACAAAGUUGUUAGAUUAGAAGCUUGAUCAGAUUCAGUCUCUUUUGUUAGCAGAUCUAUCUCACAGAUUGUGCUGUCUGCUUCCAUCAGGAGCUGGCAGGUCUGGUGACCUAUUUCCCACCUUGUUUUCCUCUUAUGCUUUGUUCCUCACCUCCCACCACCACCACCAGGUGAUGCAGUUUGGGCGGAUUGACGACAAUGCGUACAUUCUAGACUUCCAGUACCCCUUCUCAGCUGUGCAGGCCUUCGCAGUUGCCCUGGCCAAUGUGACUCAGCGCCUCAAAUGAAGAGACUGGUGUGGGGAGGAGAUGCCAAGGAGCCUUUGGAGGAAGAGCCCAUGUGGCUGGAUGCCCAGGAAGACCAGAGACAACUUUGCAACUGGAUGAGCCCAUGAGGCCAAGAAGAGACACACUGACCAUUAGGCGUGGUUGUUUAUUUGGUUAUCCUUAUGGUCUGUCUUUCUUUUCUUCUUUUAGUAGAAUGGCAUUUGGAAGCCAAGAGUGUCUAGUGCCUGUUGUUCUUUCAGGAAAUGUAGCUUGGCUGUCGAAUGUUCUACUGAGUUUGCUUCUCAGCAACCAGGACAAGGGCCUUUGAAGAGAAGACAGACUGCCUUCUAGCCUGCUGUUCUUUUAGGAGAAGUGUGCAUUAGUGUUCAUUCCCCACAACAUCUGGCCUUUAUGCAAAACAAAAACCUGAAGCCUGAAGAUUCAGGUUCUCUUGAGGAGGGCUGCAUUUAAUUCACAUAUUUUAUGCUACCUCCAAAAAGUGACUUGACGAAUGAAGGGCCUUUGGGCAAAUGCACUGUAUUUGACUAAUGCAAGUAGGCUCUGUAUGGGGGUGAUAAAUCAGGAUAAAUGUGAUUUGGUCAUCAAGGGUGUUGGGGAAGGGCUGAUGGGUGAGGAGGAAUAGACAGGCUCUGCAGACACCUGGGUGACUCAAUGGUAUGACUUGUACAAGGGCCACACUCCUCUUCCAAAGAUGUUUAUAUUGGAAGACUACUGGUCUCAUCAUAUGUCAGUGUUUUGUAGGAUCAAGGAUGAUUAAGUAAGAUUGACUUGAGAAGGUAGGGCACAGUAGUGGAAAGAUCCCAGCCUAGGGGAGGGCUAAGGAUUUUCUCCGUGUGGUAUUCACUAGAUCCCCCACUUUCUGAGAAACACCCUCUUUAUCUCAUUCUUUAAUCUGGAAUACACUACUAUAAAAAUGAUCUUUCCCAUUAGGUAUCAUUGUUCUAUCCUUUCUCAGAGUGUGGGUGGGACUUGUAUUAAAAUCACUCCUUUCCUCCUGUUGGCUACAUUAAAAUUCAAAUGACUAGAAAUGUAAAAAUUAGAAAUGUAACCAAAAAUAAUUUUAAGCAUUUGUCAGGUAUUAAAAUAUAGAGGUGUGGUCACAUCUUGGACAGAAAUUCCAUACUCUUCUCUAAGAAAAACAAAAGCUGUUUAUUAACUGUAUGGACUGUUUACUGAGGAAAUAAACCACUGGGAAAACAUUGUUAAAAUUAUUAAGCUUAGGGCAAUUGGUUAAGUUUUGGGUUUGUUUUUUGUUUUUUUUUUCGUUGUUGUUAUUGUUGAUGUUGUUGUUGUUGUUUGAGACAAGAUCUCGCUAUGUAGUUCAGCCUGGCCUUGAAUUCACUAUGUAGCCCAAGCUGGUCUUGAACUCACGGCAAUCUUCCUGCCUCAGCCUCCCGAGUGCUGGAUUACAGGCAUGCUACACCAUGCCUGGCUUGUUUUGGGUUUUUAACUUCCUACAUUUGGUUUAAAAAUUAGGGAAGAAAGUGGCCCAUUCCUUUCUCAGCAAAAUGACAACACUCUCCAUUCUUUCCAAACUCCUGGUUGUUUCUAAGCAACCAGGACAAGGGUCUUUGAAGAAAAUACAAACUGCCUCCUAGCCUGCUGUCAAGGCUAUACUAACAAGUUUUGUAAAUAUGGCGGAGGAUAUAGCCCAGCUAAUACUGGAGUUUUCCAUUUUAUAAUGAAAAAUAUUGGGCCCAAUUCUUUGGUAGGUGUGGCAUUUAGGGUAGAGUUUCAACUUGAUUGGCUUUGAGAUCUCCAGAGAUUGGUGAAACACACUUGUAGGUGUGUCUGGGUGAGUUGUGAAGGCAUGGUGUUGGGAUCUGUGUGUAGUCCCUUGCCUCUUCCUUUCUGGCACUUUUUCUCUGCUUUUUCUAAGAGCUAAACAGCUUUGUUCCACUACACCCUUCUGCCAUGAUGUCUCUCUUUGGAGCCAUCCCAUCAUAGAUUGAAACUGUGAGCAAAUCGAACCUCUCCUCCUUUAAGUUUUGAAUGUUGGGUAUUGUGUCUCAGCAAUGAAAAAACUGAUGAAUAUGGUGAAUAAAUUUUUCCAGAAAUUAGCAAUGUAUUCAAAAUUAUCUCAUUCUUAUACAAGUUUCUGUAGCUUGAUAUGAUGUUUCAGUGCUUAUUAGUUGUGCAAUAAGUUAUAUCCUGUUUUGGAAAUAAUUUAAAUGCUAAUCUCAUUUUGUUUUCCAAGAGAUGAUUAUUUAUCUUGCUUUUCAUAGUAUUCUUAGGAAUUAUUUUGUUACUAUGUAUUGGUGACUUAUGCCCAUUUUAUUAUUUAUUCAGAAAAACAAUACCUUUGUAAUGACUUAUUUGGUAGCAGUAUAUUUUGCUGCAAGAAAUAAAGAGGAUAUGAUGUUUUUGCUGGAUAACUUGUAACUUUUUCUAAUUGGGAAAAUCCUAUUAAUCUUUUUAAGUAAUUCUUUUCAAUUUUCUGGAAUUGAUUGUAUACAAAGGAGAAUAUUUCUUUGAUAUAGCAUACCCUAAAAUAAUAUUUCCCCUUACUUUGAAAAAUGUUUUUAAUAAAAAGUAAUGGAUAAUAAGAAAUGAGAAAAGGAGAGCUGUUAGAUAAGAGUAGCAAAGGAAGGAACUAUUAAGAAAAUAAGCUUCAUUUUUCAGUUCUGAUUAGUUUUUGAGCUAUAAACCACAGAAGAGUACAUUUUAGAACUUUUCUUAAUAAGAACAAAUACAGGGGAAAUCAGUCCCCAAAAGAAAUUUGCCUUACAGGCAGACCUAUCCCUGCAGCAGCUGCCAGCACAUUCCGCCCACCCCAGGCUGAGGGAGAAUGAAUCUCACCUGCCAGACCAGGCAGAAUCUGUGGCUGCAGCUGUUGUGAUAUGGUGUCUUUCUAAUUAAGGUAGUGGUUUUACUUUAAAAAUUCCUUUCCAUCAGUCUCAGUUGAUAAAAUACUAUUAAAGUUAGGACUUUAAGCAGCAGAAUUCUAAGUACAUCAUGUUUAUUAAUACCAAUUUAUGAAUGUCAAGAUACCUCAUUGACUUCCUAAAUUUAAAAACAUUAGUCCAGUAAAAAGUCAAUUAUGUAAAGACUUUUUGAGGGAAAUGGUAUAUUAACAAACAUAAAACCAAUUUUGAAUUUGUUUAGCUCUAACUUUUUCAAACCAAAGGUGUCAUGGGUAUGUGCACAAAAAUACCCAGUGAAUGUAUAUCCUGAGAAAAAUUGGGACCAAAGAAGCAGGAAAUUCUGAAAGCUCUAAUGGCAAUGUAAAUCACAGACUUUCGCAGGUUGGCAUUUUUCAUCCAUAGCUGUUUCAUCCAGUUGCUUCCACAUCAAGUCCCCCACACAGACAUGCAAAAACGUAAUUUUCAUUCUGUCAUCACAGCAGAUGACCAGAAGGCCCCAGAGGUGAGCCUGCUCUGCCCUAAGGUAGGAGGGUGACAAAUCCCUGGGAGUGUCAGACUUCUCUCUUCAUCCGUAAAUUACAAGAGAUGUCUGAAGAAUCUUCUCUACUCCCUUCCAGUUCCAAUAGCCCAGGAAUUCAGAAUUGAAAAGUUUAAUCUUCCCACUUCACAAGCGUAGAAAGUAUGUUUCAGAACAUUGUCUUUUUCUAGAGCAUUUCUUUUCCUGAGUCUAUGAGCCGUCUACUGAAUAUAAACCAGUGCACUUAACAUAAUAUCUUUAGAAAUGCAUUUGGAUUCAUGCUUGUUCUUGAAAAAUUACUCAGAAGCACUGAUUCCAGGCAAGACAGAAGAGUCCUCUAUGAGUGUGCCCUACUCACUGGCUGUCCUUGAGAACAGAUCUAAAAUAAGUGCCCACUUGCCUUCAGAACCCGAGGGUGGAUUCAAAAAGAAUGGAAGAGUAUAAACUUAGGUGGACUUGCAAUCUUUAGUGUGUUUCAAGUAUCACACCACCUUCAAAUUCAAAAGGUUUCUUGAAAAGGAACUUGUGAAAAAAAGAACACAUAGUGUACCUGUGUGGACUGCAGAUUACUUGGCCAAGUCUACGGUUGUGGACAAAAGUUAGCUGAGACAGAACAUGUCAGAAAUGUCGUUUGAGUUCCUAGGAGUUUGUACACACACGCAACUCAGAACUCUACGCCAUUUGUGUAUUUACUUAUCUCUGGCUGAUAAACUCUGAAGGGUUGUGGCUUAUUUUGUUUUCAUUUUCUUUGGCUUUGUGCAAUUUUCUUGUGACUUUACUUGUACCUGUAUUUUCUGUUUAUAAGUUCUUUUUAAAGGAAGAGAUAGGAUUCUAAGAUCUCAUUUAUUGUAGAUAAAAAAAAUUUUUUUCAUGUUGUAGAAAAGCAUGGAUUAUGCGUAAAAAAAGGCACUGUAUUAUUUACCAAAGGGGUAUUGUUUUUGCAUUUGUUUAUAAAUGCAUUAUUUUGGUACUGUAAAUUUGGACACAAUUUUUUAGUUUAUUACUACUGGCACUUUCUCUUUUCUUCUUUACUUUCUACCUCUUUCUUUCCUCCUUCCUUCCUCUCUCUUUCUUUCUUUCUUUCUUUCUUUCUUUCCCUCCUCUCUUUCUUUCCCCUCCCAUAAGUGUGCAGUGCAGGUCCCAGACCAUACAAGACCACCAGCAUGUUCUUGUCGAGACCGUGAGAAUGGUGUGCACUGCUUUGUGUGCCUAAGUUCCACUAAUUUUUUUUUAAUUUAACAUUCUGUUUGUUUCACUUUCCAAGCAAGAUCUGUUGAGAUUUCCAACUGCAUUUCAGUGAACUCUUAUUUUCUUCUCUUCUUAUGUAUUUUGUGUAUUAGAUUGUGCAGAAGGUAUUCUAGAAGGCAUUAAUGGUUUCCAUUCACAAUGAUGUGGUUUGUCCAACAUAUUUUGUUUUUCUAAUUGAGAUGGUUUAAUCUUAUUAUUCCUUGAUGAUUUAAAAUUGUAAGAGUUGUCCAGCUAUUACUUAAUAAAAUUUUGCAGAUCAAAAAAAUCAA